CUCGUUAAAAAUGUAAAUGCGAAAAAAUUCAAUACUGUGCAGCCAUACACGACGGCCACAACGCGUUUCUUUCAUUCACCGAAUUUCGUUUUUGGCACCCCAAAAGAAAUUAUUCCCCGAUAUUCGCAAUUAGUUUUGGAUCAAACCCAUCAAUUGGUAAUUUGAUAUCACACAAUAGAAUUGCAUACAAAAAUCCAAGCACCGCCAAAAAAAGAAGAAAAUAAUAAAAAUAACACACACGCAAAAAAAAAAAAGGAGAAAAGAAGUGACAAAACGAAGAGCCCCCAAAGUGUGUGUGUGUGUGAGCGAGAAAAGAAAAGUGCGUGAAACGAAACGUGAAACGCGCUAAGCGAAAGGCGAAACGAUUUCCUCUGCUUUGCAAACCGGCAAAAAGAAAAGAGUAUAUAUUUGGUAUAUAGUAUAGGGUAGAUAGUACAAAGGGGCAGUGAAAGUGACAUGGCAAACGCGUAGUUCAACCAACCAACAAAAAAAAAACACGAAAAGAAAAGAAAUAUGCUAGGUGUGGCAGCAGUGGCAGUGGCAGUGGCAGAAGUUGGAGCUGCAGUGCAUCGCUGCUAGCGAGGAGCAAAAAAGCCAAAAAGCUAUCACAGCCGAAGCCGGUUGGAGGCAACGCAACUCUACAAAGACGGAGACGGAGACGGAUAGAGGCACGGAUAGCAAAAGAUUCUUGGAACAGUUCAGAUAUCGGCAUCGGCCACGGUGACAACGAGAGGCAACGGCAACGUCAGCGUCAACGUCAACGGUGGCGGCUGCUGCUUGUUGUGUUGUUGUUGUUGUUGUUGCUGGCAGCGGCAGCGGCUGUGGCAGUGGCAGGUACAACAACAAUGAUAAGCAAACCCGGUUCGCACACAUAACACUUUGGGGCGGCAGAGAACGGCAUGGUGAAAAUGGAGUCCACUGAAGAACAGGAUAGAAAGCUUGUUUUGGAGUUUUGCCAUUUGCUAGAGAAAUCCAAACAGCUGUUCAACGGACUCAGAGAUCUGCCGCAGUAUGGCCAUCGACAGUGGCAAGCGUACUUUGGACGCACCUUUGAUGUCUACACGAAACUGUGGAAAUUCCAGCAGCAACAUCGCAUGGUGCUCGACUCAAAGUAUGGACUGAAACGCUGGCAAAUUGGCGAGAUAGCCAGCAAAAUCGGACAGCUUUAUUAUCACUAUUAUUUAAGAACCAGCGAAACAAACUACCUGAAUGAGGCGUAUCAGUUUUAUGCGGCAAUCAGAGGACGUGCGUAUUAUUCGCGUGCCGCCAAAGAGGAUCGACCCGAUUUGAUGGUGAAGAAGCUGCGCUAUUAUGCACGCUUUAUUGUCGUCUGUCUGCUGCUCAAGAAGAUGAAGCUGGUGCGGGAGCUGGUCACCGAAUUGGAAAAGCAAAUACAGGAGUACACAAACACUUACGAGCCCGAGGAUCAUUUGGAAUGGUCUCUGGUGCUGGAGGAGAUUAAGGGGUUCAUUAAGGCAGAGGCAGCGGUAGCCGUGCUGCAUGCCGAUUCCAAUCCAAUCAUAUUAUCACACAGUGGUUCCGGUUCUAGGUUAUCACCGCUAACGACGCCGCCGUGCGAGCGUUCCCCGCACAUGACCCUCAGCCUCCAGGAGAUACUCAUUGUGGGCUCAGCCUGCGAGCAGGCCAAAUUCUCCGAGCUCACCAUGGAUAUGUUUAGGAUGCUGCAAACAUUGGAGCGUGAGCCAACGGAGUCGGCCACGAAUCCACUGAGCAUGUCGCAUGGGCUGCAUGGACACGACGCCAGUCCGGCGGCUAGUCGCAUACCACCAUAUGGAGUGCCGGGAUCCAAGGGAUACUUGGAGAAUGGUCGUCAUUAUCGAGACAAUCCUCAUAAAUAUUUACUAUACAAGCCUUCGAUUAGUCAGCUGCUGGUGUUUCUCGCCAGCGGCUUUAAGGAACUGCCACUGGGUGGUGCUUUACUUUUGUACAUGUCAGCGGACGGCUGUUUCUCCACCACCAAGCAUCCCGAGGACUAUGGCUAUGAGCUGGGUGGCCUGGCCACCAGUGUGAAACGCGAUAGCGUCGAUGGCGGCGGUUUGUCGUGUCGUGGCAAAUCAUACAAGGAGAAUCAUUGUCUCUAUCCGGGUGAUCUUUAUCCGUUUACGCGUCGGCCCAUGUUCAUCAUCAUCGAUUCGGAUAAUUCGUUUGUCUUUCAGCACAUACCCCGCUACUUUGGCCAGCCGCUGGUCGUCCUCAUGUCACCCCAAGAUGUGCCGCCCGCAUUCCAAGCUGAUGUGCAACAUCAUGGCUCGCUGUUUACAUUAUUCCUGCACUCUCCGCUCACGGCGCUCUGCUACAUUUGUAAUGUCGGUGAUGUGCCCAUUCAUCACUGGGAGCGCUGUCAAACCUAUGUGGAUCGUUUCAUCACCGAGGCCUCGCGUCUCGUCACACGUUGUCGCAUCGAUGAGAUCGAACAGGGCAUUGGUUUUAUUGACUCGUCCUAUGUUCAGUUCUUUGGCGAUGAUUUUCUGCGCACACUCAUCUUACGCUUCGUCUUCUGUGAUGUUGUGCUCCGCUUGCAUCGCGGCUUCCGAGGUCGCCACAUGCGACCGCGCUGCGAGCCGCAGCUGCCGGCGAAUGAGCUUCUCGAGCACCCCUCGCUGUCGCACAUCAUAUUCCAAUUGGCAUCGGCGCUCGAUGUGCGCGGCCAUUUCUCCGAGGGUCCCGAGUGCGACUGAUGACUUUUUUUGGCCGUAGUCUUAGUUCUAGUCAUAAUUUUCUAUACGCGUCAGCAGUUGAUCCAACUUGUAUCCUCGUAUUGCCUGGACAGACACCUUUCGUUGAUACCUUAUGUGUAUAAUAUUUUACCGCCUGGUUGGAGCUGGUCUUGGAGAUGGAGUUGGACUUGGAUUAGCUGGAAUGCCAGCUAAUUGAAGUGUGCGUGUGUGUGAAACUGAUUUAGUUUAAUUACUAUGAUGAUGAUAAUGAUGAUGAUGUUUUGCCGCUAUUGUCGAAAAGUGCAUAUUCAACUUUUAUAACAUACAUACAGAGAAAAUGGAAAACACACAACAAAUCACAUAAUAUUAUUAACAUGAACAAAAAUACAUACGAGUAUAUUAUACCCGAUUACUUACGAGUAUAUGAAAUUAAUCAAGUAAUUAGCUAGUUUUCUUAUAUAGUGCGUCGCGCAAUGGAAUGGUCCAAUGUUAGUUGCUUAGCAUAUACAUAAAUAAUGAGAGAAAAACCAUAUACACAACAUAAUUAACUAUAAUUAAAUAAUACUUGAAAUGUACGCAGAAUGAUGAAAGGGAUUUAAGUAACAUGUCAAAGAACCUAACAAAACGAUAACUGCCAAAAAAAGAAUAAAUCAAAUUUAGUUGGAAAUAGAAAACAAUGUCGAACAACAAUUUUUAAUAAAUUGAA